AUGAGAAGUCUGAUUGCCCGUCCGGGCCGCAAUGCUGCUCGCCAGGCAAAGAAGCUCGACGAGAUCCGCAAAGUCAAAAACGCGAUCAAAUGGCACGAGAGGGAACGAAAGGAACGUCACAAAAUUAUGCAUGAACGGUGGGAGGGCAAGCAAGCUACCAAUCGACGCGUUCAAUGGAAGGCACUCAAUGACAAUGUGCGCAAAGAUGCCUUGGCCAGGGUGAAAGAAGAUUGGCGACUGGGUCCUCUGCGACCUAAUCGCGCCUUCGGUGAGGGCAAGCAGAAGUACGGUGCCCAGACCACCGAACAGCUGCAGAGGCCCGAGUUCUUGCUUUCUGAGGUGAAGCAUCGCAACGAGUUGAGGGAAAGGAAGGGCUUGUCUCCAGUGUAUCCGCUUGUCGUGGAUGACAAGUUGUUCUUCCCUAUUGCAGCAGAUGAUCGUGUUGCGAUAUUGAAGGGAAAGGACAAGGGCAAGAUUGGUACCGUACAGAGUAUUGUGGAGUCCUCGCAUCAGGUCAUUGUCAAGGACAUAAACAAGCAAUACAUCGACUCCGACCUGUUCAACAGAUCUGGUCAAGAUCUUGGUCCAAGGCAUGAAUCAGAAGUUCCCAUUAACAUGGAGGAUGUCCGCCUCGUCAUACCCUACGAAAUCAACCAGGGCGGAGUGCGUCGCUACACAGAUGCCAUUGUCGAAGAGAUCCGCAUGGAACGCCACACCACGGGCAUAGAUCCUUUUACGGGUACCGACUAUGGCACUGGCGAAAUUCCCAAGGAUCAUCAAUAUGAUCCCAAAACCGGUCUUCCUAUCUUCAACCGCUACAUCGCCGGCACGCAACAGCGCAUCGAAUGGCCCUGGGAAAAGCCAAAGGUCAUUAAAAACGAUGAUUUCCCCCCCGAAUCCUCCAAAAACUCCAGAAAGAAGAAAUCCUUGGUCAAACAAGCCAUAAACUCCAUCAGACAUCCCAUCACCAGCAUCAAGAGCUGGACUAGCAGGCCCCCGAGGAAAGUCAAGCCUCCGACGAAGGUCACGAGAGCCCGCAAACGCGUUCUCACACCCGAACAAAAAGACAAAAUCGAGCAAAAGCGGUUCGACGCCCGUGAGCUCAGACAACAGAGAUCUAUCCCACAGAGUCAUAAGUCCAAACCCGCUCAAGUCCACGACGGCGUAGAUUCGACGAGCAACAUCGUCGAAAGUGCAGAAGCUUCAUGGUACUCCCUCGUGCAAUCGCCAUUCCCAGAGACACUAGGCUCCGAACUCCAAGACGAAAUCCACGACCACAGGAUCGAGGUGCGCAAGUCGCCCGAUGCGCCACCAAAGAUCAAGGCCAAGCACAAGAAUGUCAAGUCAAAGAAAGUGUUGAGGGCGAGACAGAUGGGGAUCCAGAGUAUGAAGACGCCUCUGCAGUUAAGAUGGGAGAUGGAACAGGCGAGAAAGUUGGCGGAUAAGAAGAAAAAUCCCCUGGUAGAGACGAAUGCGUUGUUGGCAGCGUUGGGAAAGCAUAUGGUGGAGAAAGGGGUGAGGAUGCCGAAGCAGGCGAGGAAAGUAGAGUCAGAUGUUGAUUAA